CCCAGUCUGUCUAUCCAGACACCCCAGUCUGUCUAUCCAGACACCCCAAUCUAUCUAUCCAGACACCCCAGUCUGUCUAUCCAGACACCCCAAUCUAUCUAUCCAGACACCCCAGUUUGGAGAAAAAAUAUACCGAGGCCAUCUUUCCUGCCGGACUCAGAGACUUGGAGACACAAGGUAAGGCCAAUUGCUGAAGACGGGGGCUGGCGUAGAGAAGGGAAGCAUUGGAUCCUGGGACCUGACAUGUUCCAUGCCCCAUCUUCCCGGUGCCACCAGCAUCCCUUCUUGAAGGCUCAGGAGGAGGUAGAAGAGGAGGAUAAAUAUGAGCUUCCCCCCUGCGAGGUUGCGCCCCUCAGCCUGGCCCCUGCACAGUCUCUUGGCUCUAAAGAGGACUCCUUGUAUCUGGAUCGUCCUGGGCCUCUCGGUCCAUCCAAAUCAUCGCCACCCCUGCCUCAGCCUACAGUGGCCAGAGGACUCCCCACAAAUCCUUCCUUCCCUCCGCGCCCUGCCUCUGGCUACCAUUUCCCGCUGAAGUCUGCAAUGAGCCUGCAGCCUGCAACCCCAAAGCAGGGACCUGGUUUUGGAAGGCGAGGUAAAGCGGUGUCCCCCUCUUUCCUUGGCUGCACAUUGGGAGUGAAGACUUCUCCACCACAGGCUAAAGUUUUGGGUUUUGAGACAGUGAGGAGACAGGCCCAGAGACAUGAACUGCCAUGCCCCAGGCAGUUCAAAAGCAGACCUGUGAUCUCUGGAUCAGGGCGAGGUGCACCUGCUAGAGUGGAAACAGACCUUGAAGAGAAACACAGUGAGGACAUCUACCUGGAGUGUGAGCCGGAGCCAUUCCCAGCCUUGACUAGGACUCCAAGCUCCAAAGCCCCGAUACCCCCAGUCCCUCUGCCAAGAACAUCUGGAUUGCCCAAGUCCAUGGUUGCUCAUCGGGAGUCUUGGAAGGGAACGGUGGAUACCCCGUUGAAAGGUGAGUAUGCACACUUACAGCCUGAAUGGGAUGCUGCUGCCAGGGCUCCCACACCCUCCCUCCCAGCCCUGCAGACAGCAGAGCACCCCCAGGUUCCCAGGCCCCACUUCACCUCAUCAGGUCCUUGCAGCUCUAAUUUCUGCCACGGUCAGGCCUCUGCACUAAAUCGGGAAGCUGCCAGUGUGUGUCCCAAGAUCAGUUUUCAUUUGGAUGUCACGCAAGGACUGUCUGCAGGGCGGAGGCUGUCCGCUUCCUCUAUAGUCCCUGCCCCGAGCACCUCUGCUGUCGAGGAUGGGAGCCUCCGUGGUCAGCCUUGGUACUCAGGGAACUGUGACCGUCAAGCCGUGGAGAGAGCCCUGCUUCACUUCCAAAAGGACGGAGCCUAUACGGUGCGUCUCAGCUCUGGGCCUCACGGUUUGCAGCCUUUCACUCUGGCGGUGCUCCUCAAAGGCCGGGUCUUCAACAUUCCCAUCCGGCAACUGGAUGGCGGACACCACUAUGCCCUGGGCCGGGAGGGCAGGAAUCAUGAGGAGCUCUUCUCCUCCGUGGCUGCCAUGGUUCAGCACUACACCAAGCACCCACUGCCCCUCGUGGACAGACACAGCGGCAGCCGGGGAUUCACCUGCCUGCUCUUCCCCACCAAGCCCUGAGGAAACGGCGGUACACAUCUCCACCCUUGGCAUAUGGUGUGCCCCUUCAGCCUCCCCUCCCACUCUGGGCUGCUUUAUUUCCCCUGGCAGCCCUCCACUCCAAAGUCCCCCCAGGUUCGAAGUGAUAGGUCUUUGAGAAGGGCUGCCUGGGGAGGUUGCCUCUCCUUUAACCGCACG